AGUUACAAGAAUUUUUAUAUUUAUCCCCAUUAACCGGGCACAAUGGGCAACGGAUGUUCGAAAUGCUGUCAAUGUAAUGAGCAUAAACAAUUACAUGGCACGCUCUCCUCUGCCUCGUCAGUAUAUAGGAAAAGGAGCCGUGGCGAGAUCCCAAUCGAAAACUCUGAUCGCUUUCGCAUAACCCAAACAAGUAAUGCCGUCCAGCUGGCCGUGGAGCAUGUGCAGCGCGAGGAUGCAGGACACUAUACGCUAUUUGCGCGCACGAAAAGCAACGAUGUCGUGCGCAAGCAUGUCGAACUCAUAGUCGAGGACAGAUCUACUGGCGAUGACCCGCCAGUAUUUCUGCGACGUCUUGUCGAUUUGUCGGUCAAAGUAGGCACACGAACGCGACUUCUGACCGAAAUACGCAGCUCCACGGACCUAAAGCUGACCUGGUACCGAAACGAUCGAAGAAUUUGCGAGAAUGAUCGCAUCACCGAGAUUAACGAAGGAACCUUUCACUAUCUGGAAGUAAGUCCAGUGCAAUUGGACGACGGUGGACAGUGGAUGCUAAUGGCAGAGAAUUUGGGUGGACGUAAUUCCUGUUUGGCUACACUAAAUGUGCUCGUGCCCAAAGCGUAUAAGACUCCCGAGUUUGUGGAAGAGUUGCGUGCAGUGCUAACACAACAGGGCACAGUGUCCCUGGAAUGCAAAGUAGUGGGUGUGCCGACCCCACAUUUGCGUUGGUUUAAGGACUCGAAGGAAAUCAAGGCUGGUGAUGUUUUUGCACUGACGGCAAACGCCGAUGAUCCAACUUCGCUUGGAACCUAUACAUGCGAGGCCAGAAACUGCAUGGGCGUUACAUAUUCGAGCUCCAAGGUCCAUGUGGUAGGCAGAGGAAGCCGCGAGGGUUCGCUUAAGCCGGCAGACAACAUUUCGAGCAAUGCACCCCCACCAAUAUUUACAAAUGAACUGCGCGAUAUGAGCGUCCGCAUCGGCGAGACUAUAAUUCUCGGCUGUCAAGUGGUCGUCCCGCCUUGGCCCAAGAGCGUCGCUUGGUACAACAAAGACGGCCGCGUGGACACGGCGGAACGAUAUAAAUUAAUUGAAGAUGGUUUGGGUGUCUACAUGAUCGAAAUCAAGCCAUCCGAAUCUUGUGACGCAGGAGAAUGGAAAUGUGUGGUCACGAGUUUCGAAGGCUGUGUGGGGAUCUCUACAUGUACUGUCAGCAUGGAUAUUCCAAAGAAUUACCGCAAACCUAGAUUCAUGGAAAGCCUCCGUGCAGUGCUCACUGAAGAGGGAUUGGUCUCCUUUGAAUGCAAAGUGGUUGGGUUCCCAACGCCUGUAUUAAAGUGGUUCAAGGACGGCCAUGAACUCAAGCCAGGCGACGUGUAUCAAUUAACUGGUACAAAUUCCUUGGGCACCUACUGUUGCAUUGCCCGAAACUGUAUGGGUGAGUCUAGCAGCACGGCUGUAUUGACUGUCGAAGACAUUCAGAAUCAGUUAACGGACGAAGAGCGCCUGGUCUUCACAAAUCAGAAUCAAGCACCGAGAUUUAUUAGUGGCCUCAAAAGCACAGAUGCCAAAAUCAACGAACCCUUUCAAUUCAAGGUUGUUGUAAAAGCAACACCGGAUCCUAUUCUUUCCUGGUUUCGUGACGAAUUGCCGAUCGAUCCAAAUGAGCGAUAUAAUCAUUAUCGUGGUGAAAAUGACGAUUGGCUUUUGGACAUACGGAGUAUUGAGUUCGUCGAUCAAGCUGAGUGGAAAUGUGUUGCUGUUAACGACUUUGGUACUAGCAUAACGUCAUGUUUUUUGAAGUUGCAAAUACCCAGACAUUAUAAGAAACCAAGAUUUUUGGAAUGCCUACGAGCUGUGCUUACUGAUGAAGGGGCCGUAAAUUUGGAAUGCAAAGUAAUUGGUGUACCACAGCCUGUACUUAAGUGGUACAAGGACGGCGUUGAAUUAAAACCCGGCGAUAUACAUCGUAUUAUAUCGGGCCAAGAUGGAACGUGCUGCCUCGGAACGUAUACAUGCGAGGCUAGAAAUUGUAUGGGAGUUGUUGCAAGCUCUGCGUCGUUGCUGGGCUUUGAAGAUACCCCUAAGUCUCAAAAAGCAGACCAGAUUCAAGAAAAUGAACUGCAAAGAAAUUUCUCACUUUCAACCAUACAAGAGGAGCGUACUUCCCAACUUUAUGAAACACCCGUUGGCGAUAUAACAAUAGACGAAAAGGGAGAUGUAUCGUUUUCAUUUGAUGGGAAGGAAGUUUCUGUUUCCCUAUAUGAAACACCCGACUUGACGGAAGAAGAAGCCUUGAAGAUAGUCGAAAUGUAUGCAGACCAAAUUUCGGAGCAUGUGACGGAGCAUAAUAUUGUGGAGUUGCCGCCCUUACGCUUUGUCAAGGAAACGAGUCAGUCAGGAAAGCUAUUAAUGGAAGCUGUAGUCAUCGAUAUCUCUCCAGAGUAUUUCACCCAUGAGGAUGAUAUGCGAACUGAGGCUGACAUGGAUGACAUUUCUAUAACCGAGAUUACAGUUCAUGGGUCUUCGGGCAGAGAGGGUGUUAUUGACAAGGAAACAGAAAAAUAUGUGCAAGAAUCUUUUGAAAAAAUGGAAGAGGAGUUGUCUUUAUCAGCACCUAUUCGAAAACGAAAGAAGUCGCGCCCGACUGAAACUGAUGAAUUCUUUAGUUUUUCAAAAGCAUCAAGCAGUCAAGGCGACGAAGAAACUUCCGAUUUGCAAACAUUUGCCAGUGCACAGAUGUCUACGUCACAGAAAGUGAUUUCAGGUCGGAAAAGCGAGGAAUCUGGAACUAAAGAAGAACGUGUCACCCCACCAAAACGAAAAAAAUCGAAAAAGCCAUCCGACAGUGAAUCAUCAAAGACCACGGAAGAUGACGCAAGGCUACAGGACAUUUCGGGAGCAGUGGGCGAUGGCCUAUUAGUAUCGCCAGCUUCGCACUUGAAAGUGGUGACGGACGAAGCCGAAAUAAACCGAAAUUUAUUGGCUCUCGUACCGCUAGCAAAGUUGCUCAAGGUAAUUGAAAAUCAUUUAUUGGUUGUGGAGAAUGAGGUUUUGGAACAGUCAACCAUGAUGAUGACCCCAGCAGCAGCUGAUCAAAGUAUUGCCAUCAUUAGAAACAUUUUAGAGCCCAUGAAGCAAGUGCAAUCAAAACUGCGUGCAUAUUCGGGCGAAACUCAAAUAGACGCGCUUUUCCAAUCGAUGGACGACGAUAUAAGAAAACUUCACAUGGGCCUGCAAGUGAUUGAAAAAUGUGUAGAGAUCGAUGAGACUGGCACCACGCUAAUUCAAAGAACUAGCGUCUGUAUUAUAGACAGUGUGGGCGAGCAGAUGAAAAAGGCGUUGGAGGAGUUAAAAAUCGUGAGUAAGAAAUUUGAAUCCGAGAGCUUAAGAGCUCAAAUUGAGCUCACUGCUGAUGACAUACAACAAGGAUUGGAGAUCACUCAAGGCACUAUUAGAUCUCAGGCGCUGCUGCAGGAAGCCCAGGAGUUAGAAGCAGCCAAACACUUAACAGAAACUGUCGAAAAAAUGCAAGACAUGCCAGAAACGAUUUCAUUUGCAUCAAUUUCUGAAGCAAACUUACCACUUGAGGCUAAUGCACUUAAAGAGAUUUGUCAGCCUGUUACCAAAAUACAAGAGGCCCUAGAACGCGUUGAGAACGAAUUAUCGCUGGAAGAGAGCGAGGAGCAAAUCUAUAAGAAAGUGCAUCAGAAAGUUUUGGAAAAUAUUGUGCAGCCCAUCAAGGACUUACAGAGCACACUGGAGUCGAUCGAAGAGAAGGCCGACUCACUAGCCGGCUCAGAAUCAAUGGAGCAGAAAAUUAAUUUGGCUAUUUUAGAUAUUGUAACUCCACCACUUUUCGAGCUUAAAAAAGGUCUGGAGGUUAUACUAAAUGAGAAAUCAGAUAGUGUAGAGUCCGGCCUUUUAACUGUCAGCACUGUCGAGUCGAUGGUUCCGCCGCUUCAGGAAAUUCAGAAUGGUUUGGCGCAGCUAGGACAAGAUAUAGAAGGAGGUCAGCUGAUUGAGAGUGCCCAAGUUAUUGAAGACUACACCAUCGACACAGAGGAUACCCAGAAGCUAUUGAAGUCAAUAGCCCAAGCAGUUUUACAUUUUGAAACAAACAUUGAACUCCUUUCUUCUCGACUUACAUCCAAUUUGAAAACCAGACUGCAACAUUUGAAAGAUGAACUGUCGGCCUUGAUUGGAACUGUUUUAGAUAACGAAAUAACCAGACAUCAUAUUGCCUUGUUCGAGAAACUGAAAGCGCCUAUUGACGAGUUGAACUAUUGCAUUAGACAAACGGAGAUGAGAUCCGUUUCUCGCUCGUUGGCGGAUUUAAUCGAGCCGUUGACCAUGUUGCAAGAAAAAGUGCGACAAGCUAAUGCGCUGUUGCUUGCCAUGCCCGAUCCAGAUCAAAAUGCUUUAAAAACUUUGGACAAUAUUAAAGAUAGUAUUCGUAAUGUGAUAAUUGAUAUUGAAGAGUAUGAGUUUAACAUUCUGCAGCAAGAAAUUCAACAGGAUGAAAACCAGAGUUCACAGCAGGAUAAAUCAUUCAGUGCCCUAAGGAAGGUGCUGGAGUCAAAAACUUCGUUAGAAGAGGCGAUCAGCCAUAUCGAUGCCCUACAGUUGGCACUAAAUAGACUUAAUGAAAAUUCUAAAACGGCAGAAAAAACCAAAACAUUUACAAACGAAGCUCAAGUUGCGCUUUUACACAUCCUACAAAUUGCUAAAGAGUUGGAAGCCGUCACCGAUACGGAAACAAAUCUUAACUCCCACCAGGAAAGCUCAGCUCAAGUAUUAUUCGAAACUUCUAAAAGCUUUGCUAACAUAGCUAAAGCUCUCAAUAAUCAAGCAGCCGACACAGAUAAUGAAUUAAACGAUAUUUUAAAGCAACUUAAAGUCACAGUUUCCCAAGAAAAGAAAACUAUUCUGCCAAAUGUGGCAUGGAGCUCACUGCCUAUUUUUGGUCCUCUGUCGAAUUUAAUUCAUUCGCUUGAUAAUAUGCACCCAAUAAAAGUGUCUACCGAAGAUUUAUCCACGUUGGAUGAUAUUUCACUGCUCAAGUCUGCAGCAGAGUCCCUUCCUACAGAACCUGAAGCUUAUGCAGAGCAAGAAAUCGCCGUAGAGAGAUCUGAAAAAAACAAAGCGGAAACUUUAUUAUCUGAUAUAAAACAUGGAAUUUCUACGGUUUUAUCGCAUUUGGAAGACCAAAACGUUGCCACACUGAGUGCGAAGUCAGCUGAAAAAGUUCAAGCAGCUGUUAUUAAAAUGCAGGAAUUGAAAAGCAACCUCGCAUUGAUACAGGAAGCAAAUAUUAACGAAGGUGCUCAGAGCUUUUCACAGGGUAGUGAACAAGGCACGUUUGCCGACGCUCUUUGCAGCCUAGAACAAUAUGUUGUUCAAGUGGAGGAGUGCAUUGCUCACAGUGGCGCGGAAGAUUUGAGCGACUUCGAACUGUCCCGACUAAAGGCUUUGGCCAAGCCGUUGCAUGACGUGAGAGAGUGUCUUUUGGUUUUGCAUACCCAAGAACAGGAGCAAGCCUCAAGCUUCUCUGCUACAGAUAUAAGCAUGACUAACGCAGCUUUACUGCAUAACCUCCAGCCCAUUGUGAUGACAAUCAACGAACAACAUGCUCUGGAAACGCUGCAGUCUCUUGCAAGUGAUGAGUCGCUUUCCCAGCUUAAGCAGCUUAUUGACCCUAUUCAGGAUCUUGAGAAUAUUGCGCUUAAUGUUUCUCAACAGUGUCAUUUAUCACAAGCAGAAAGUAUGUCAGAAAAACAGAGCCUAGGCCAACUUCUUCAGUUCGCAAAACCAAUUCUUAAUUUACGCGAGGCCAUUAUUAGUGUAAAAGAGUCUCAACCAUUUUUAACACUUGAGGAAUGUCCUGCUUUGAAUGUUGUUAAGGAGCAGGCAACAUCCAUUUUUAAUCUACUGAAGUAUUGCGAACUUAUUGAUGUACAGGUGCUUGAGCACGCACUCGAUCUAUCCACGCAGGAGGAUAUUACAGACCUGAAAACGUCUGCAGAUAAAAGAUCUGUUCAGGAAGAAGUUCAGGAACAGGUUUCCAUAGAACCACCACAGAAAUUCGAGGUCUUUGAUAUACAGCAGGGCGUAGCCGGUGGCAUUAAGCAGCUCGAAGCCUGUCUCAAUGUCACCGAAACCGCAGCUAACGAUGAUCUUCGUGAAAUCGGCGAAAUAAUGCAACAACUGAAGUCAGAUUUCGAGAAUAUCCAAGAAGCUCUUGUCUCAGACGCUGAUCAGCAGGAAUCUGUACUGGCCAAGGCGAAAAUAGCACGAACAAUGUUCAAGCUAAAAGAGUGUCUAGUACAUACUUAUGAGUCAGGUCUGGUGGAAUCACUCGAAAAUAUCGAAAGUGCAUUUGAAGAUAUAUUGGUGUCAUUGCCUGUACUCGAAACACAAUUGGCCCAAGAAAUGUUUGCGAAAAUCGAAAAUUCUUUUAAAAACUUUAUAACUUAUUGCAAGCAACCAGCGACGGCGCAGCAAAAAUUGGAUCACCUAGUAGUGCCUUUUGAAAAAUUAAUCAAGGCAAUAAAAUCUGUUGCUGACAUACCUAAUGUUGAUACCGACAAAUCUUCUGCUGUUGUGGUAAGCCUUCAAACUAAUUUAAUGGCCACUUUUCGAGCGAUGAAUGAAGUCAGCGAAAUUGUAAACAAUGAUCUAUUAAGUGGUGUUCUAAAAACCCAAAAUAAUUUGGUUUCCGUUUUCGAUUUCAUUGAGAAUAAUGACAACUCAAUACGAAUCAUAGAGCUAUUGCAAGAAAUUGAUGCAAUAACAGGGGAACUAAAUGCAUUAUCAUUAAUUUCGAAUGAACCAACUAUGACGAUUGAUAUUACUCCUUUAUUGGAAAAUGUUUCUUCUGGUAAAGCAUUAUUAAAUGAAAUCGAAGAAGGGCUGCAAAAUGAUAAUCCAUUAUAUGUAAUAUUCUUAGAAGAAAACUCCGAAGAUGUCGGCCAGCUUGAAGAAAUUCUUAUUCAAAUAGAAAACGACAUUCUCUCACAGCCCGAACUUACAGAGCUAACACCGAAGCAAUUAUCGUUAAUUGAGAGUGCCGAGUUGCAGCUAAUUAAUCUGCAGGAAAAAUUAACUCAGAUGAAUCUAUCUCUACUGGAAAAAGAUACUUCAGGCCGGGAGUCUAUAGAAGAGCUUCCGCAAUCAGAAAUAGUGGAGAUAUCCAACGAAGACUUGACAUCCCAGCAAUUACAGGAAGAUAUUAAAAAGGAAGAGGAACCCUUAGCAAAUAAAUCUGAAAUUGCAGAGGACAGUCAAAAGCCCGCAGCUAAACCUAAGGAUCUGAGGGAAUCUGCAGAAGAGGUUCCGCAAUCAGAAAUGAUUGAAAAAAUACCGCACGACGAUAAGACAUCUCAGCAAUUAGAAGAAGAGGUUAAAAAGGAAUCUUUAAGGGCUAAAUCAGAUAUGGUUGAGGACAGUCCAACAAAACCUGUAGCUGAAUCUAAGGCAUUGGCUCAACACACUUUAAGUGAUGAGGAUAUCAAAACAGAAACGCAACAAAAUGUUGUUGAAGAAACAGUCGUUGAUGGGAACAAAAAAAUAGAAGACAUUUUAACAGAAGAUCAAACAAAAGAAGAGUUCGUAGAAAAUAUUGAGAGGAAGGAAGCUGAGAUUCCUGCUGAAAGCGAACCACAACCUUUGGAUGAGCAUAGCCAAUUAAAAGCUCAGGAGCGAACAGAAACACCUAUCUUACAUGGAUACGAAAAUAACAAGAAUGUUAUAGACUUCUUAGAAAGCUUGUCAAAUAUAUUAAAUGAAAUUAAAGUAACCGAUAUAUCUGAUUGGAAAAGCAGUGAUCAGCAAGAUCUAAAAGCACUUUAUUCAAAUAUUGCUGAAAUACAAACAAAUAUAUUUAAUGGCAAAGGUCUUCCAAUCGAAGAUGUCAUAUUUUUACCGCUUUUUAAGUUAAAGGAGCUAAUAAGCUAUUCAAAGAAAACACACCAUUAUGAACCAAAAACAGGCGAUAUAAAAAUGUUCUUUGAAAAUACAAACAAUGCAUUUUUGCAGAUAGUCGACAGCAACGAUACUCUGCGACGGGCUUUUAUACAUGAUUUCACUGACAGCUAUCAACCCUAUAUAAACAGCAUUAUAUCAUUCAUUUCUGAAAGCUAUGUACAAAGCCGAGAAAUUAGUGCAUUGGGCAAUCUCCUAAAAGUAAUUACCACAAAUAUAUCCCGCCUAAAAAAAGAUAACUUGCCAUCUAUAGAUCCUGAUAAUGCAAUAUAUCAACAUAUCAAUGAAAGUCUGAUAGAAUUGGCAAAUACUCUAGAAAAGUCAUCCAUAAUGUCCAAGGUAGUCGACAUUAUAGCUUUUAAUCAGCUUCGAGAGGGAUUAGAGAAUGGUGCAUUUAAAAAUGUCUUAUGUAUUCUGCAAGAGCUGGAUGUACACAAAGAAUGUUUCAUUGAUUUGUUGGAAGCUCUAAAAACCGAUAAUUGUCGAAAAUUAGUUGGCGAAAAUGAUAAGGCCGCAGUAAUUGAGAAAAUGCAACAGAACUUAAAAGAAAAAUGUUCAGAUUUGGUGAAAACUAUAGAAAGCAGUAAGGCUUUGCAACCCAUUGGAAUGGAUCCUACAGAUGUAAUUACUAACCUUGAAGAUACAGAUAAAGUAGCAAAACUAAUAUUCAAACUCAAAGAGCAUAUUGUUCAUACAUAUGACGGCAAACUACCCACAGAUCAACAAGAUGAACACAUUGUAGAAUCGUUUAUAGACGCGCUACUUGAAAAUUGCCCAGAAGCAGCGCAACUCGUCAUUAAUAAAUACCUAGGCGAAAUAAAGGAAAACGUCCAGCAAACCAAAUCAGUAAUUUUACUAAUUGAUGAUACUGAAAUGUUUGCAAAACCAUCGUUGUUAGUACCAAAGCUAGUUAAUCUUCAAAACAUUGCGGAGGAUGUAAAAAUAAAGGAAAAUAUUGAAAAGUCAUGA